GCAUGCAUAUUCUAUCGGUUUAGCGUUACGCACGCUCGAAGUAGCGUUCACUCGUACGCUACAGUGCAUAGAGUAUCUCGUCCAGUCGCCCGCUACAGCAAAAAUUUCUACGCUAUGCUUUAGCGUUCGCGUGUCCGGUAGCAAGUGCGGCUAGCCUUAUCUAGUUAUCUGUCACCGCUCGCAAUCCCCGCUGCCAUGUCACCACCGCCCAGCUCGUCGCCAUCCCGCAGCAUGACUUCAUGAGCGCACCGCAUAUACGCCUACUCCCCGAACAGCUCGCUCCGGCUGCCCAGUCCUCGCCAGUCACCACCGCCCAGCUCGUCGCCAGUCGCCACCAAUGGCCUCCUCCGCCAUGGAGCUCUCGCUCGUCAACCCCGCCGCGACGCACCGCCACCGAGGCGGCCUCGUCGGCCUGCCCCUCGCCCGGCGCUCCGUGGUACGCUUCCGCGUGUCCGCGGCCGCCGCGCCGCCCAAGUCCUCGGGCCCCAACAAGCGGGGCAAGACGGAGAUCCAGGAGACGCUGCUCACUCCCCGCUUCUACACCACCGACUUCGACGAGAUGGAGCGCCUCUUCAACGCCGAGAUCAACAAGCAGCUCAACCAGGCGGAGUUCGACGCGCUGCUGCAGGAGUUCAAGACGGACUACAACCAGACCCACUUCGUGCGCAACCCCGAGUUCAAGGCCGCCGCCGACAAGAUGGAGGGCCCGCACCGCCAGAUCUUCGUCGAGUUCCUCGAGCGCUCCUGCACCGCUGAGUUCUCCGGCUUCCUCCUCUACAAGGAGCUCGGUCGCAGGCUCAAGAAAACUAACCCGGUCGUGGCGGAGAUCUUCUCGCUCAUGUCCAGGGACGAGGCGCGCCAUGCUGGGUUUUUGAACAAGGGUCUGUCUGACUUCAACUUGGCGCUGGACCUGGGGUUCCUCACCAAGGCUAGGAAGUACACCUUCUUCAAGCCCAAGUUCAUCUUCUAUGCCACCUACCUGUCCGAGAAGAUUGGGUACUGGAGGUACAUCACCAUCUUCAGGCACCUCAAGGCGAACCCAGAGUACCAGGUGUACCCCAUCUUCAAGUACUUCGAGAACUGGUGCCAGGACGAGAACAGGCAUGGUGACUUCUUCUCUGCCCUGCUGAAGGCUCAGCCGCAGUUCCUCAAUGACUGGAAGGCCAAGCUCUGGUCACGGUUCUUCUGCCUCUCGGUGUAUGUGACCAUGUACCUGAAUGACUGCCAACGGACUACAUUCUAUGAGGGAAUUGGUCUGAACACGAAAGAAUUUGACAUGCAUGUGAUCAUUGAGACCAACCGCACAACAGCAAGGAUCUUCCCUGCUGUUCUGGAUGUCGAGAACCCUGAAUUCAAGAGGAAGCUUGACAGGAUGGUUGAGAUCAACCAGAAGAUCAUUGCUAUCGGAAAAUCAGAUGACAUUCCCCUAGUGAAGAACAUGAAGAGGAUUCCUCUCGUUGCCGCUCUGGUGUCUGAGAUCAUUGCUGCAUACCUCAUGCCCCCCAUUGAGUCCGGCUCGGUUGAUUUUGCUGAAUUUGAGCCCCAGCUUGUUUACUGAUUCUGUAGAAAGAUUUAUCUUCGGAUUAUUCUCUCCGAAAGACAAGUCGGUGCUUUCUCCCUAAGGGGCCUUAUGGUGAAAAAAACUGGGAUGGUCAAAGGAUCUGCAUCUUCUUGUGUCCGUUCGUCUGUACAGUACUGAGACUUCGGCAACAUAAAGCUUGGCUUGGCAAGUUCUUGUUGUGUGGCAUCUCCAUGGAAAUGACAGUGAACUGCAUCAGAAGCGAGCGUUCCAGUUUUCCAGCAGAAGGGCGCGUCUGAAGUUAUACUGAUAUGAAGCAAUAUCAUACAUACCUUUAUGGUCAACUGUACCACAUGGCCUCCGCGCAGAGUUGUUGAGCAUAUUUUUUAGCAUCCAUGUCAACAUCGGACUAGCAUGAUGCAUGUAUCCAGAUCCAGCGCAUUUGGCUGAUUGUGUAACACUAGAAACCAUUUAACAGCGUUUAGCUAUCUCAUGUAUUAUAAGUGUCAAUUAUCUAGAUGAAUUUGGUA